GGGGCGGAGACCCAUAAUCCGGAAGUGGACCCAAAGCGUUUUCCGGCCCUACUCACGUUGCGGCCUUCCUCGCGUCACCGCCGGGAUGAAGCCGAUCCUACUGCAGGGCCAUGAGCGGUCCAUUACGCAGAUUAAGUAUAACCGCGAAGGAGACCUCCUCUUUACUGUGGCCAAGGACCCUAUCGUCAAUGUAUGGUACUCUGUGAAUGGUGAGAGGCUGGGCACCUACAUGGGCCAUACCGGAGCUGUGUGGUGUGUGGACGCUGACUGGGACACCAAGCAUGUCCUCACUGGCUCAGCUGACAACAGCUGUCGUCUCUGGGACUGUGAAACAGGUAAGCUAGGAAAACACAAAGUCCAUGCUAUCUCAGCUUUCUCAUUUGGGUGCUUAGGUUUCUGGGGAACUGAGAUUAGUAGGGAUUGGGCCCAGUCAGUCUCACUCUUCCUCCUUCCCCAGUCUGGAGAGGUGUUGGUGAAUGUUAAGGAGCACUCCCGGCAGAUCAAUGACAUCCAGUUGUCCAGGGACAUGACCAUGUUUGUGACCGCAUCCAAGGACAACACAGCCAAGCUUUUUGACUCCACAACUCUUGAACAUCAGAAGACUUUCCGGACAGAACGUCCCGUCAACUCAGCUGCUCUCUCCCCCAACUAUGACCAUGUGGUCCUGGGCGGUGGUCAGGAAGCCAUGGAUGUAACCACAACCUCCACCAGGAUUGGCAAGUUUGAGGCCAGGUUCUUCCAUUUGGCCUUUGAAGAAGAGUUUGGAAGAGUCAAGGGUCACUUUGGACCUAUCAACAGUGUUGCUUUCCAUCCUGAUGGCAAGAGCUACAGCAGCGGCGGUGAAGAUGGUUACGUCCGUAUCCAUUACUUCGACCCACAGUACUUCGAAUUCGAGUUUGAGGCUUGAGAAGCUGGAUCUCCGGCCGGGCGCAGUGGUUCAUGCCUGUAAUCUCACCACUUUGGGAGGUCAAGGUGGGCGGAUCACCUGAGGUCAGGAGUUUGGGACCAGCCUGACCAGCAUGAAGAAACCCCAUCUCUACUAAAAAUAUAAAAAUUAGCAGGGCGUGGUGGCACGCGCCUAUAGUCCCAGCUACUCAGGAGGCUGAGGCAGGAGAAUCACUUGAACCCAGGAGGCGGAGGUUGCAGUGAGCUGAGAUCGUGUCAUUGCACUCCAGCCUGGGCAACAAGAGCGAAACUCCGUCUCAAAAAAAAAAUAAUAAUAAUAAGCUGGAUCUCCAUCCGGGCCAGAGAAGAUUCUCACAGAAGGUUUUGAACUCUAAGAAAUAAAUUGGUUUGGUAAUAAAUGGCUUCUGGUCAGAUA